UUUUGCAGCAAACAUAUGGCCAUGAGACCAUGACGAAGAAAGCCAAGGCAGGAGGAGGCAUUCGAGACGGCCUUGUCCGAUAGCCACCGGAGCGGGGCGGGGCGGGCGGCACAUGGACAGCGAGGCCAAGCUUUGUUUUUUUUUAAAAAAAAAACCAUCUUGGACAACUGGAGCAAGCGAACAAAGCCAUCUGUUUUUUUAAUCGCUUUUGGAAGAAUGGAAGGAGCAUGUGUGCCUUCCUGUCCUGUCCUGCCUGCCUGCUGCUCGUGCAUGCUCGAUGUCUACCGUCUGCUGCGCGGUGGCCAUCAGUCAUGGCGAUCGACGCCGAUCUGGCUGAUUCCAUCGAUAAUAAUGCGCGGGGAUGCCGGCCGGGUUUUUAAUCCGGGUCGCGGCCUGCCCGGAACCCUACCCUAGCUCGCCAAAAGCAAGCGUAUAUAGGGGCUCAGCAGUCAGCAGCAACAGCUCUCAGGGAGGCAAAGGCAGGACAAGCAAGCAGUAGAGGUGCAGGUGCCCGAUGUGAUGAGUAGGUUAGGUGGAUAGAUCCAUGCAGAGCUGGCAUGGCCUAGCCCGGCCGGUACGGUACUGCAGUUGCUUCGUCUCUGUCCGGCCUCUAGUACCUCACUACAUAGUAGUACGGAGCAAGCAGCAGUAUCCCUUUCGUUUUUUACGAGGAUAAAAGAAAGAACAAACAGCAGGCUGCUACUCCUUGGGCGAGAGAUAGAGAGAGAGAGGGUGCGGAUCGGAGUGCCGGCCGGCAGGGCAGGCGCACGGAAAUGGAGGGCCUGGCAGCCUCCGUCCGUCCGCCAUGAGCCCAUGCCCAUCCAGCAUCCAUGGGCAGGCAGCACCAGCAGAGGGUGUGGUCAGAAGAGAGGACCGAGAGAGAGAGAGAGUACCGGCCCGUGCCUCUGCAGUCUGGCACUCUGGCUGCUGCCGCUGCCGCUGCCGCACCACCCGCCAGCCCGGUUGGGUGGUUACUUGCCGCAACUAGCAGCUAUUUAUAUGCCCCAGCCUCUGUGGGCCGUUUGCACUCACUCCAAAGCAAAGCAAAUCUCUCUCUCUCUCUCCAUCUCUCCACACACAGCCCCUUCGCUGCCGAGGUCCCUCGCCGGACGGGGGGUGAAGGACGAAGGGGAAGAAAGGUGCGCGGGCAUGCUUUCCACAGGCUUUCUUGAACUGUGAACUCGUGGGCGUGGUGGUGGUGGUGCUGGUGCUGGGUGUGUGGGACGGAAUGAUUGGCUCCUCCCAGUCCCAGUCCCAGUCCCACCCACCAAUUCUCUUCCCCCCGACCGGCCGUGAAUUGAAUUGAAUCGAAUCGCAUCGCUGAGCUUCCCCCCGGCUCGCUCACGCGACCUGUUGAUGGUUCAAGAAAGCCCAUGGAAACCAUGCAGCCUCCCUCCUGUGCAGCUGUGCUCUGGUGGCGGAGAAUUCCGCCGGUUCCGGGUGAGGGAAUUCAGCAGACCAGCCACCCCGAUGCGGAUUCGUGUGUGGAGGAGAGUUGCAGUUGCAGCGACGACUCCAACUCCAACGAGGGGAUCCACGCCUGGACUGUUCUGUUCCAACGAGGGGAUCCAACUCCAACUCAGCGGCAGGCAGCUAGCUGUCCUGUUCGAAAUUCAAAACCCGGCCAGAUCCGUGCUUGCGCUGCUCGCCGGGGCUGCUUUGUCCACUCAGGCCAUCGAUCUCCAGUUCCAUCUUGGUUUAGGCGUGUGGUGGCGUUUGCUGGGCAGAUCAGUUAUUACUCCUCCACUCCACACCACUGCACCGGCCGGCACCGCUGGUAACGCACGCAGGUAGGCGGCCAAGGCCAUGCCAAUGUCAUGCAGCGGGAUUGAUCCAUGCGUCGUCCAUUGGCGCCCUGCCCUCGGCUAGCUGCGGCUGUGCUGGAAAGAGAUCUGGUGGCCGAGGAGGAGGAGAAGGCGAGGACGAGGACGAGGGACAGAAAAGCAGCAAAAGGCUCUUGUGGUUGGCAUGCCUACAACCAACGUCCCAACCAGGAGCCUGAAAAAUAAUCCCCGGCAUAAAGCCAUGUGACAGGCGACAGCGAUGCCAUCUGAUCCGUUCCGUUCGGUUCCCCCCAGCAAACCGUGGUGAAAAUCACGCGGCCCCCGCUCUGCCAUCUACCCCUGCACGAGUACGACGGUACGGCGGCUGCUCCUGCACCCUGCACUGCAGGCCUUCUGCAACGCGGGAGGCGGGAGGGGAUUUCGCGCGAUUCCCGAGGGUGAGGCAAGAAUAUAUGGGGUAUGUUUGAUUUUACUUUUGGCUUUGCUUUUUACCCUCUAAAAAUCAAAAGUCAAACCUCUAAAAAUCAAAAGUCAAAUCAAAUGGCUGCAUUCAGAAAUCAUCUUUUUCUAAAAGCACAUUUGGACAUGCUUUUAGUGGCUUUUAAAUGGAACAUGUGAAAAUAUAUAUCGAAAAACUUUUAACGACUUUUAGUAGUUUUCACCGAACGAUUUUUAGCUUUUUAACAGCUCGCAGCCCAUAACAGUUUUUUUUCAUAGUCACAGCCCAACCAAACAGACCUAUAGUGCUGCUGAGCUGAAUUUAUAUUGCAUUUUUUUCAUACCGCUUACUACCUUUUCUUCUCGAUGGAGAUUAUUGUCACCUGCUGGACAUCAGGGGCGUCCUUAAUGACUGUCUCACAUAGCUAGAUGACGUGGAACAAAAAAAAUAAAAAUAGUAAUUUAUCUCACCAUCAGUAUUUAGUCUUAGCUCGUCACUAGUUAGGGGGUGUUUGGUUACACCCCGCUAAAAUUUAGCCUCUGUCCUAUCGAAUGUUUAAACCUCCGUUCCGAGUAUUAAAUGUAGUCGGAUUAUAAAACUAAUUUAUCAGCCGAAGAUUAAAAGACGAGACGAAUCUAGUUCAGUUGGUUGGGUCUAUAUUUCAUACUCCUAUUUAAAAGUCAAACGCUUGAUGUGACCCGGACUAAACUUUAGCAGUAGCAACCAAACACCCCGUUAUUCUCGUUCCACCGGUACUUGGUCUUAGCUCGUCACUAGUUAUUCUCGUUUUUCAUAUAUUUUCUAUCCAGUUAAAAAAUAGAAUGUAUAGAUAGUAAAAUAGCUAGCAAUAGGGAUUCCCUGACAAUGCACUGCGGUCCGGGGAGGCGAGUGGGCAGUGCAGGUGAGCUACAUGACCUAGCCAGUAGCCAGGCGAGCGAGUUUAUACGGAUCACAUGAUCCGCAAUGAUGGGCGGAGCGGAGGGAGGCCAGUUGACCCACACUGCCACUGGGCUGUGCUGUGCAGAUCCAGAGCCGGGGCGGGGCGGGGACCAACCAGAUCUCCCACGGGGCAUACGAGAUAUACCCUAUCCUGCCCGCGCACACGAGCCUGCUAGCUUUAGCGCAGCCUAGCUAGCUCCUCCAGACUACUACUGUCCUCUUCCAGCUCUACUCGACUUGACGGUGAUAGAAUAUAUCUCAAUUUUGCCAAUAUUUUAUGUGGCUUAAAAUAAAAUACUCGAGUAUACAAUACAUCCUGAAAUCAAUGCCUAUCUAUGAUAAAAGAUAUCAGCUUUUUUUUUAUCUCACACCAUAUCCAACCGGCCCAGACACACUCCCGCUCCCUCUCCCACCAUCAAAUCCACAACUCAAAUCCGACUCAUAUCCAACCGAGCAGAAGACUAUGCUCUCUUUCUCUGUAGCCUGAUGCAACAGGUAAUGCAAUAUAACAAUGCCGACAUCGAUGAGGACAAAAACAUCGAGAAGUCACUCCACAUUUUUCCAAAGAAACACAUGAAGGCCAUCUUGGUGAUGCAGAUGCUACUAGAGAUGGCAACAGAUAUAAUACCCAUCGGAUUGUAUUAUUCGAUAUACAUACCCAUCAAAAAAAAUCUAACCAUUGGCAAGUCUCUCUAAUUGGUCUCUUUGACAGAAAUGUUGGAGCAGUAAAGCUCGGGGUGGAUAAUAAGUAUGUCUUGGUCUUGGGAAGAACCACAUAUUCCAUGAGAACAGGUCUAGGUCAAAUGUUACUUCACUACGAGCUGCUUCAACAACUACCUCAACACUUAGAACCAACUGCUCUCUAAGUCACUUGGGAGGGUCAAGUUUGAGGAGCUUGGUGCUAGACUCGGAAUGGUUUAAAUUCCUCGGAAGACAUCAUAGACUUGAUAUAAUGAUUGAAGACUUGAUGUCAACAUUUUAUCUUCAUUAUUAGCAUCUAAUUUAGCAGUUCUAAUACAUUAUAA